UCGACCAGCUUUCUCGCCAUGAAAUUGCACGUUCUAUUGUUAACGGCACUUCCCAUGUGCCUGGCUGAAUUCUCAAUCCAGGGGCCUAGCGACGGGCAUCGACGAGCCCAGGGUCUUAAGUUCAGCGAGGAGAAAGGAAUCCAGUACACAGAUGCAAGCGAGGGAGGAGGUCCCGGAGAUUUCACCAUUCAAGGUGCAACAGACGGUAACACUAAUUUCCAUAUCCAAGGUGCCACGGACGGGCACUCGAAUUUCCAGAUUCAGGGACCCACAGAUGGCGGAGCGGCUGCCUACAAUAUUCAAGGGGCGACCGACGGACACAGUCAGUCCGUAAUCGAGGGACCGUACGAUGCUAAUCAGGCUAACGCGAAAGCGCUCGAGUACAACGAUCCCAGCGGUUACAGGGUGAACUGGAGAUCGUACCAACGUCAACCGCAACCGCAGCAAUCGCAAGCGCAGUACGCUACGGAAGCUGCGGCGCCAAUUCCGCAAGCCGCACCUCGGCAGCGAGGGCACCGACAGCGAGUGCAUCAGCCGCAGCCGCAGCCGCAGCCUCAACAGCAAGCGGAACCCGCGCCUAAUAUCAAAACUUACGCCAAUACGCCGCCGCAAAUUCAACAAUUGCUCCAGUUCCAGCAGCAGAUUCCGUACAUCAACAUAAUUCCGGAACCAUACAGAUUCGAUGAAGCUGCUGCGAUACGCGCUCAGGCUGAGCAGGUCCGGGAACACCUGCGAAACCUGAAACCGCAACCACCGCCCGAGCCCGUGCCGCAACGUCAGAGAUCACGCGACCACCCCAGGAGCAAGCGCCAGGCGCAGCAGCAACCGCAAUAUCGCAGGACAUCCCAGCCGCUGGUGGAGCAACAGCCGCAAUACUCGACCAACUUGCCGGCUCAUCUACGCGAAUUGUUGAAGUACCAAGCGCAGACCCCGUACAAUAUUAUCGCCAACCAGGUUGCAUAUCGUGGACCGGACAGGCCGUACGUGCCACAUCGCGUGCAGCAGCAGCCGAUCCAGCAGCAGCCGAUCCAGCAGCAGCCGAUCCACCAGCAGCCGAUCCGCCAGCAGCCGAUCCAGCCGCAGCAGAUCCAGCCGAUUCAGCAGGCGCGGUAUCAAAAUCAGGGUGGCGCCUACCAGGCUCAGGCGAGUGCGUAUACGCAAGCUCGCGCGACCGGCUACAAUCCGAAUCAGCUUGCCUACAAUCCGAAUCAGCUUGCCUACAAUCAGCAGCAACCUGGCGUACGACCCGUCACCGAGAAUCAGUACUGAUCGGCUUGUGAUGCAUCUUUGCUAUGUUUCUGAUUCGUUUCGAUCGGUGGAAUAAAUUUUAAUUUCCUAGCAGAAUCAAGUUUUAAGUCAUAAUGCGGUAGAUUACGCCUAAAUAAAUUAUUCAGUAAAAAAAAUAGAAACGAAAGUUACAUCAAUUAUAUCCGAAACUAUAAAUUUGAGAUUUUGUAAGCUUUUCUUGAUCCUGCUAGAAUGAAAAACGAAGAGGAAAUAUUAUUCUUGAUUUAAUAUAAUAUUUGUUAAGUAGUAAGUACUUAUGUUUGUACGAUUCAUGC